AUGAAUGGAUUACGUGAUCGGUACAUGAAGCAAGCCCCAAAAGAAGUUCCCGAGGAGAUUGCAAACAACUCAAAUUAUUUUCCGUACUUUAAGGUAAGGUCGUGGAAUUUUACUUAUGUCUUGGCUGGCUGGGAGGGGGCAGCAAAUGAUUAUAGGGUAUUACAAGACGCCCUGUCUAGGCCACAGCCUUACGGGCUCCGAGUUUACGAUGGUAAAUAUUACCUAUGUGACGCUGGAUACACCACAAUGCCAGGUUUCAUAUCCCCGUAUCGCGGUGUCCGAUAUCAUUUAAAAGAGCACACCGGUAGGACACCAAAGAAUAGGAAGGAGUUGUUCAAUUUAAGGCAUUCAUCUUUAAGAUCAAAAAUUGAGUGCACAUUUGGGAUACUGAAGAAUCGGUUUAAAAUUCUUGCGGGGAAGCCGAAUUAUCCAUUUCCCACUCAAGUGGACAUUGUACUAGCGUGUACUGUGUUGCACAACUUUAUUGCCUUGGAGGAUCCGGAUGAUGAUAUUUUAAAUGAAAAUGUUGAAAUUGAUGAAGAUACUGGGGAAGAGACAAAUGAGGACGAUUCAAAUGUGAUGGACUAUACUCAAAGUAGGUCACAAAGAGAGGAUCGAGAUGUUAGAAAUGAAUGGAAGGAGUUACGAGAUCAAAUUGCUUGGGCGAUGUGGGUGGAUUAUUGUGCAAAGUACAAUGGUGGUAACACAAUGGAGAGCGGUUUAACUUAGUGUGGUA